AUAUUCGCGAAGAGGCUGUAAAGGAAGCCUUAGCUCGUAACGGACGCCAGCGUCAAGAUGCUUUGCUUCCAAACAAACGACGUGGUGACACAGGUCGUUUAACCAGUUCACAGCAAACCGCUCGGCAUGAUGAACAAGCGACGGAUGACUCAGAGGAUGAUCUUUCAUCCGAAUCUUCCUCUGUACCUGGUUCUCGAUCUUCCGAUACCCAUCAUCAUCAUAUUCCUUCAGAUAACCGAACGGUGAGCAGUCUAUUUUUGUUUAUACUUAGUUCUAUGUAG